AUGCGUUUAUUCCUCGUGGGCUUUGUAGCCACGGCAUAUGCACAACUCGGCCCUCAGGUCAACCUCUACAGUUAUGAGAAACCGGGGCCUCUCUUGGGGAGUUCCUUCGGUGUCCCUGGAGCCGACGCGACCUUCGACUAUGUGGUCGUGGGAGGUGGAACAGCUGGUCUGACUAUUGCUAGUCGCCUGGCCCAACGUGGAUCUAACCAGAGCGUUGCUGUCGUGGAGGCCGGCGGUUUCUAUGAAGUCGACAAUGGCAAUCUUUCUGUCAUCCCGACAUACUGUACCUACUUCACAGGGUGGUCCCCAGACAACUACCAGCCGCUUGUCGACUGGGGCAUUACCACUGAGCCACAGCCGGGGACAAGCAAUCGCGCCCAUCACUAUCCGCGUGGGAAGACCCUCGGGGGCAGCUCGGCCAGGAACUACAUGCUGUAUCAACGGCCUACAUCAGACAGCAUGCAGAAAUGGGCAGAUGAGGUAGGUGACCAGAGCUAUACCUUUGCCAACAUGCUCCCCUUCUUCAAGAAGUCUGGUCACUAUACGCCUCCCGAUCAAGCUGCCUAUACCGAUUUGUCCAACACCCAGGCCACAGAGGCUUUCAGCCCUUCUGGGGGACCUCUUGAGAUAUCGUUCAGCAAUGAAGUCGAUCAAUUUGGCACUUAUGCGCGCAAAGCGUUUGUUGGCCUCGGCAUGGACCAAAUUGAUGGGUUCAAUAGUGGCAAACUAUUGGGAUCUGCGUAUGCAACAUCAACAAUUGACCCGAAGAAUGCACACCGUUCGUCGUCCGAGUCCAGCUUCCUGCAAGCCGCCCUCAAUGACGGCGCGGAUUUGAUGGUGUAUAAAAACACCUUGGGACAAAAGAUUGUCUUUGAUUCGAACAAUGUCGCUACCGGUGUUCAGGUCUCAACAGGUGGGACGUUUGGCACCAGACCAGUCAACUUCACGUUGACUGCUCGCAAAGAAGUGAUCCUGUCUGCAGGAGCGCUUCAAUCUCCUCAGCUAUUAAUGGUCUCUGGGAUCGGUCCAUGCGAUGAAUUCUCCGAACUAAGGAUCCCUUGCAUUAGCAACUUACCAGGCGUCGGCAAGAACAUGCAAGACCACGUAAUGUUUGGGUCUUCGCACCGUGUGGAUGUCCAAACCGCCUCUGCAUUCAGCAACAAAACACUCGUAGAACAAUUCACGCAGCAAUACCUCCAGAAUGCCUCGGGUCCGCUCUCAAUUUUCUCAUCCAGCUACUAUGGUUGGGAGAAGCUCCCAGAGCCGUAUCGCUCCCAGCUAUCAAAUCAGUCAACCCAAGCCCUCUCUGCUAUUCCAAACGACUGGCCUGAGCUCGAAUGGCUUACCGUCGCUGCUUAUCUUGGCGACGGCAGCAACCGCGAGACCGCCGAUCCCGCGGAUGGUUAUAACUACGGCACAAUCGCCACAGCUAUCGUUGCUCCGCAAUCUCGUGGGACGGUCUCCCUGGCAGGACCAGAUAUGAACACCCUGCCCGUCGUGGAUCCCCAGUGGUUGGUUAAUCCCACGGACAUGGAGCUAGCUAUCCAGGGGUUCAAACGCGGUCGCCAGGUAUGGGAGAAGCUCGCUGAAUUAGGAGUUGCCGAUCCGGUAGAGCACUACCCAGGGACUAAUGUCACGACCGACGAGCAAAUCCGCGAGUUCAUCAGCCGUACUUCAACGACAGUCUACCAUGCUUCGAGCACCUGUAAGAUGGGCCAGAAGGAGGACCUGAUGGCCGUUCUGGAUAGUAAUGCGCGAGUAUACGGCGUACAGGGUCUGCGUGUCGUCGAUGCAAGUAGCUUUCCUUUCCUACCACCAGGACACCCUCAGUCGGUGGUGUACGCUCUUGCAGAGAAGAUUGCAGACGACAUCUUGAGCACGCAGUAA